AUGGCAUCUCCCCAAAACGAAAACAUAUUAUACAAUGACCUUUCCGACCUCCCAAAACGCUUUUUCACCGCCGUAGACCGCAAAGACCUGAACGGCUUACUCGCCCUCUUCGCGUCCGACGCUACGCUAACCGUGCAAACGGACCACAUCACCCUACAUGGGGCUACCGAGAUCCGAGAUAUGUUCGCGCAUCGCGACGGAACAGCGGUAUUCUGGAACGCUGGCGGAUGGGACGAUUAA